AUGUCUGCUACUGUUCUACGUGAAGAAUAUGAUAACCAUCCUGCAGCUGCUGCCAAUUUUUCGAAAGUCGAAGAGAAGUUUGCGAAAGAAGAAUGGAAGGCCUAUCACCUUCACUACUUACAGUUCGUCUUCCAAUUUAUUCCAGGAUUGGUUAUUAAUCCCAUCCAGUGGGUUUUUGACAAAGGCAAGGGCCGGAUUUGUAUUGAUUGUUCCAAUGGUCCUGACGACUUGGGAUCAAUCAACACCUACAUCCCAAAACCUAAGCAAGAUGAAACUGGCGAUGAGUGCCCACCCAUUCACUACCAGUUCGCAUUCAAACGGUUCCUUCGUCAGAUUCUCCGUAUGCGCAUCACCGAACCAACAAGUCCAAUCUUGGUUCAUGCUGAUGAUGUUGAGACUGCCUUUUGCUGA